UGGACAAGGCACAAGGGUGGUGACAAAGCAGCACCCCUGUAGGUGAGGCACAUCACGUUGGUGAACUCCCUUACACAUGGUGUUUACAAACUCGUGUGUGGACUCCUUACCUACACUCCUAGUAGUAUGAGAAUGAUGCUAAAGUAUCCAACGGUACAAAACAACAAGAAGAUGGAUAUUUCUCCUUCAGAAAAAAUGAGCGGGGAGUGGCAGUGAACUCCCUUACACAUGGAUCAGGACCUCUAUGACAAGUACAUUGACAUCAAAGGAAUACCAGAGCUAUCAGUCAUCAACAGCAGCGUUAAGGGAAUUGAGCUUGGAUCGGUUGUGUCCAUCUCUACAGGCUACAGCCAUUGAGGUGUUGUCAGAUGGAAAUCUGGUCUUCAAAAAAAUUGCCAAUCACCUAAGCAAAGUGGCUUCGCCAUUUGUUCGGAACACAACAACCAUAGGUGGCAACAUAAUCAUGGCGCAGAGGUUGCCAUUCGAGUCAGACAUAGCAACUGUGCUACUGGCUGCAGGUACAACAGUCACAAUCCAGACGGCUUCCAAAAGGUUGUGCCUUACUUUGGAGGAGUUCUUGCAGCAGUCUCCAUGUGAUUCUAGGACCCUGCUGAUGAGCAUAUUCAUCCCAAAGUGGGAUUCAGAUGGCAUCACCUUUGAGACAUUCCGGGCAGCGCCUCGGCCAUUUGGCAAUGCUGCUUCAUAUGUCAAUGCUGCUCUCUUGGCAAGGACUUCAACUGAUGCAGCUUCAGGGAAGAACAUCAUGGAGGAUAUAUGCUUGGUGUUCGGUGCUUAUGGAGCUGACCAUGCCAUCAGAGCUAGCAAGGUAGAGGAUUUUCUAAAGGGUAAAUCACUGAGCUCUUCUGUUAUACUUAAAGCAGUUCAGUUGCUUAAAGAGACGGUUUCACCACCAGAAGGCACAACACAUCCUGAGUAUAGGGUCAGCUUGGCUGUCAGCUUCUUGUUCACCUUCUUA